CCUUGUUUCGUCAGCUGUUCAAGAUUAGUGAAUUUUAGCAUCAUUAAUCUGUCAUGUCAUCUUUAGAUGUUAGCAGAGAGCUGAAGGAUGAAAAAAUUGCCAUCGUUGGCAGUGGCUUGAUAGGCCAGAUAUGGGCAAUGAUAUUUGCUGGGGCAGGCUACAGGGUGUCUCUGUUUGACAUUGACCCCAGUCAGGUGAAGAAAGCACUGCAGGGUAUAAAGGACACACUGGCAGAAUAUGAACACAAGGGUCAUUUGAGAGGGACUCUGUCUGCUGCUGACCAAACAGAUCUUGUAACAGGAUGCUGUGAUCUCGCACAAUGCAUGGAUGGUGCCAAGCAUGUUCAGGAAUGUGUACCAGAAAAUUUAGAAUUGAAAAGAAAGGUAUUUCAACAAAUAGACCAGCAUGCAACAUCCAAGAUGGUGCUGGCCAGUUCUAGUAGCUGUAUCCUGUCAUCUCAGUUUGCAUCAGAUUUGAAACAUAAAGACAGAGUGCUCAUAGCACAUCCAGUAAAUCCGCCCUAUUUCAUUCCCCUUGUGGAGAUAAUCCCAGCAGAAUGGACCAACCCGGAUGUGACCCGUUGUACUCGUGACCUCAUGGAACAGAUUGGUCAGUCCCCCGUAACUUUGAACAAGGAGCUUCCAGGCUUUGCGCUUAACAGAAUACAAUAUGCAAUCAUUAACGAGUGCUGGAAUAUGGUACAGUCUGGUGUUCUGAGUGCAUCUGACAUUGACAAGCUCAUGUACGAUGGCUUGGGACCAAGGUAUGCUUUCAUUGGUCCUCUGGAAACCAUGCAUCUAAAUGCUGAUGGAAUAGUGGACUAUUGCAAGAGAUAUGCAGAUGGGGCCUACAGAGUGAGUUCUACGUUCAAACCACCACCGAUUCAGUAUGACAUUCCUACAGCAGAAAGCGUGAUGAAAGAGAUGGAGAAAACAAUACCAGUAGAAAGACUGAGCGACCGACGGAAGUGGAGAGAUGACAGACUGGCUGCACUGGCCAUGUUGAAAAAAGAUAUUGACAAAGUCUAGAAUUAUACAAUCAUCUUUUUUUCUUCUUUUUUUUUCUUUUUCUUUUUUUCUGCUUUUUUUUUUUUUUUUUUUUUUUUUUUUUUUUUUUUUUUUUUUUUUUAAAUUUAUGUUUUAUUUAUAUUAUAUAUAAUUUUUUUUAUAUAUAUGCAAUCAUCUUUGUCAAUCUACCAGUGGAAGUUUUUUUUGUUUUUACACCCAGACAAACCUUUAAUCAGUGGCCAGUCCAGAGGGAGAGAUAAUGGUGGUGGUUCCAGGGUCGUGUUUUUGCACAUUUUGAUUACUUUCUGAAUAUUUAAGUGUAAAAGGAAAACAUACAGUCUUUGAUUUUGGUGCAGGGUACUCUAAAAGUGUGAAAACCUGCUAUUUGUUAUGUCCAUAAAGCAAGUUAUUUACUUUAAUGGUAUUUCUUGUAUGAAUGUACGCGGAACAUUUUGUUCAGUAUCGUGUCUCGAUUUGCUACACAAAUUUCAGAGAUUGCUACACAAAUUUUAAAACAUUAAACAGUAGUUGCUAAUCAAUUUUCAAUUCACUAGAAAUAUCGCUAAUCAAGAUUUGGUAACAAAAUGUUUCCUGACAUAAUAUUUCAUUGUUGCUAAGUAUUGUUUCAGAGAAUAUUUGUUAUAGUAAAUCUAUUAAGUUUUUUUUUUAUAGAUUUAUGUUGUGAUGUAUCCUCAAUAUAUACCAGCAAAAAUUAUUCACAUGUAAUUUAAAAUGUUUGCUAUUUAUGUAUGUAACUAUUGAAUACGAGUAUAAGCUAUAUUUUGUUAAUUAUUAUUAUCAUGAACAUUUAUAUUUAUGUGAAAAAUCUGGUGUUCUAGUAAAGCAAUACAUGUAUAUGUACAAUUAAGUUUAUUUGAUAUAAACAUUUCAAAUAAAAAAUUGAUACAACCCCUUAGGAUCACUUAUAAAAUAAAUACCAAUAUUUCCAUGUAUGUAUGAUAAAAUCUGAUGUAACAGUCGACCAUGUCUACUCAUUUCAUUUCAUUUCAACUUAUUUUUGUGCUUAUAUCCAAUUAAGGUCCAAGCACGCUGUCCU